AGAGAGAGAGAGAGAGAGCGUGUGUGUGUGACGGAGUAUAUGUGCCUGUAUUUGUAUGUAUGUACAAAUAGACAGACAGACAGACGAAGAAAGGGAGACUGAAAGAGGCACACGGAGAGAGAAAAGUGAGAAAAUUGACAGAUAUGAAAGGGAUAAUUACAUAAACGGAAAAAAAAAGAAGAAAAGAACACAUAUGAAAGAAGCAAAGUGUAAUACGAAACAAAACAGAAUUAAGAGAACUAAUUUACAGUGAGAAAGAAAAGAUGGGAGUAGUGAGGCAGAGUGUGUUGAUGAGGAGAAUUAUGAUGGCGAUUACGGCGGUGAUGGUACGUCAUGGUGGUGGUGGUGUUGGUGGUUGGUAGUGACGGUAAUUGGAGUGUUGUCUGAGGUGGCAGUGAGCGAAAGGGGGAGAGAGAGAGAGAGGGGGGAGAGAGCUGUUGUUGUUGUUGUUGUUGUUGUUGGUGGUGGUGGUGGUGUUUUGAUGCUUGCCAAACUAGAUGGCAACUGAAGACAGAAGGGGGAUCUCGAGAAGGAAAAAAGCGAAAAGUUUACACUCGAACUAUAAGUAAACCAUACUGCUUGGGACAAUAAACAAACAAACACGCAAAAAACCCCCCAAAAAACAAAACAAAAACACCAAAAAAAAAACAACAAAAAACACCAAAAAAACGCGUAUGAUAUAAAUAAUAUAAAUACACACACGCACACAUACAUAUAUACAUACAUUCAUAAAUAUACACACACAUAUAUAUUCAUAUAUAUAUAAAUAAAUAUAUAUAUAUAUAUAUAUAUAGAUAUAUAUAUUCGUUUAUAUAUUUCUAAACACUCAUAUUUACAUAUUUAUAUAUGUAUAUAUAUACACAUAAUAUAAAAUACUCACUCCUUUAGGAUAUCUACCUGCCUCUAAUCAUAUAUUCUAAAGGAUGGCACCUACAGCAACAAUUGAAACGGUUACCAUAGUGCGACCAUUAAAGGUCAUUUCUGUACUAUGUGGAAUAAUUGCAGCCUUACUUCUCCUGUUUUCCAUUUCUACCACAACAUGGCUUGUGAACACUACAGAACGAAGAGGAUUAUGGGAGAAAUGUAUAGUUUACUCUAUGGAAUCUGUAGAGUGCACAAAAAAUGAAACAGCACCCUGGAGAUCGGCUUGUGCUGCUAUGUGCAUCUUGUCAUUAUUGAUAUGUCUUCUUGCAACAUUUGCUGCUAUUAUUGGUCUGAAUACGAAAAAUUGCAAGUUGAAAUAUCUCAUGUACAGUGUUGCAAGGGGCAUCAUGCUUCUAGCAAUUAUCUGUGGAUGUAUCGGACUCAUUACUUUUCCUAUAAAAUUCCGUAGUGAGCUUCCCGAAGAUGACGAUGUCCCAUGGGAAUUUGGUUGGGCAUAUGGUGUUGGCUGGGGUGCUGUUAUAUUCAUGACUGGUGCCUGCAUUCUGCUGCUUCUGGACAAAGAAAGUGAAGAGAUAACUUAUCACGAAAAGACAGUGUAUAAUGAAAACGACUAUGAAACUGAAGCAACCACUUGAACAUGAAAUAAGAAAACCAAAAUAAAGAAUAAAUGUCAAUGCUGUUCUCCUAUUUCUACCCUAAACCCUAACCACAAGCCCUGAAAGAUGCUGAGGCCUCAAAUUAUCCUGAAGAGUUCCAAAAUCAAGGGGGCGUAAUAUAAACAAGUAUUUUGGUUGCUGUCGUUUUUUUUUUUUUUUAUUUAAAAGCAAAAAAUUCAUCUAUUUUUUCCUCUCUAUUUUAUUUUUAAUUUAUUUUUAAAUUAUUGAGAAAAUACAAAAACUAAGCGCAAAAAAGAUGAAAAACAGAACAUUACAAAGUUAAAACUUUGUCGGACAAUAGAAUUGAGGGUGAUUGGUAUUCUCACUUGCUAUUCUUUAGAGUAAUUCUUUUGCAAGUGACUAAGGACAAAGAGACAGUUGUAUCUUAACCCAUUCACUUCUUCACAGACUUAACAGGAUUGUUGAAUCCCUCACAUCACCAUAGAAAAAAUUGGUGAAUUAUGAAUUCAUCACCAACGGGAUUUUCAGAUACACUUUAUGAUCAAUCAGCAAAACAAAUAGAGUGACAGCUACACAUAUUUACAUGUAUGCGUAUAUAUUUAUAUAUGUGUGUGAGUAUAAUAUACAUAUAUGUAUGUAUGCAUGUAUGUGUGUGUGUGCAUAUAUAUAUAUAU